AGGCUGCGGAGAGGGAACAUCAACUUCUGCCAGGGACCUGCAGACAUGUCACGACAGAUGGGAGACAGCCAUCGCAGGUUUCUACAAACCUUGAUGCUCAGUGGCAUUGUUGAUGAGCCAGGAGCAAAGUCACUGUAUCAGCGUUGCUGUGAAACACACAACACUCAGUAUGCUCCUGACAAACUAGAUGAGUUCAUUGAUACCAUCAACUCAAAGCUGCAGCCCAUGUUCAUGCAGAUCAGGAAAGGAAUGUCUGAGGACAAUGGCCAACAGUAUUACGCCUUGGUGAAUCUGGCUGAGACUGACGUCACCAGGAUGUCUACAGAUUAUGCUGACAACGAGCUGGAGCUGUUCACCAAAACGAUGGACCUGAUUGUGGGUUCCGAGAACGGCAAGGCCUCUUCCACUGACAUCCUGAACAGCGCCGACUCCCUGACCACCAAAAAGCUGAAGAAGAGUGAGACGGAGCACCUGUUGAACCGACUGGUGCAUGACAAGUGGCUCAGUGAGAAACAAGGUGAAUACACCUUGUCCACCAGAUGUAUUAUAGAGAUGGAGCCUUACAUUCGCACAAUGUAUCAGGACCAGGUCCAAGUGUGUCACAUCUGCCACAACAUCGCGUUCCAGUGCCAAAUUUGCGAAAAUCCUGUUUGUGGCAUAAAAAUACACAACCCGUGUGUCGCCAGAUACUUUAAAGUGAGAAAGUCAGACCCCCGGUGUCCAGCUUGUGAAGACUUCUGGCCACAUGAAAUCCCUGAACUCAGUCGGCCCAGGUCUCAGAGGAGGUGAUGAGAUGAAGUCGUCAGGCAUUAGAUCUUUUCUAUUUGUGUUUGUUGAAAUUAUUUAGUAUUUUUAACAUACGGUUUUUAAUACACAUGACUGUUCAUGUCAAUCAUUUUAUUGAAAUGUCUUUAUAAUAUAUUUGUGUAUGCACAUUAAUAAAACAAAACCAACACUUUUUUCUGCAACUAGAUAUA